CCAAGGAAGUGGCGUAAACCUGGCACUUUUGUCAACGGAAUUUGGCACAGCAGGAGAAGAAAAAAAAGCCGGAGGGGUGUGGCGACCGCGCCAGUGUCUUCCGAGGGAAGCCACGUUUCUCGACGAGGCGAAGGCGGCCGGUGGGGCCGGGCUGAGAUUUUUUUUUUUUUCCCUCCACGGUGGAAGCAUCCGACGGUCGGGGGCGGCCGGUGGGAGGAGGCAAGAGAGUCCGCAGCUGCCGCACCGCACAGACUCUCUGACAGGCGCAAGGAGGAACGACGCAUGCUCUCCGCUCAUGUCUACGAAUCUAUGUGAAGGCCGGGUCAAAGAAACGCAGACCAGACCGUCGGACCCCUGCAGCGGCGCCAUGGCGUCCGUAGCGGAAUACUACGCCGGCAAGAACGUGCUCAUCACGGGAGCCACGGGCUUCAUGGGCAAAGUCCUGGUGGAGAAGCUGCUGAGAAGCUGCCCGAAGGUCCGAGCGCUCUUCCUGCUGGUCAGACCUAAAGCCGGCCAGUCCAUGCAGCAGAGGGUGGACGACAUGCUCAAGUGCAAGCUCUAUGACCGUGUGCGGGAAGACGACCCGGACUUCCACCAAAAGGUCAUACCAGUCAGCAGCGAACUGACGCAGCCGGGCCUCGCCAUCAGCGAGGAGGACGUCGCUGAGCUCACCGUCCGCAUCAACAUCGUCUUCCACUGCGCCGCCACCAUCCGUUUUGACGAGCCGCUCAAACACGCCCUGCAGCUCAACGUGAUCGCCACCCAGCAGCUCCUUAACCUGGCCCAGCGCAUGCGCCACCUCGAGGCCUUCAUCCACAUCUCCACCGCCUAUGCAAACUGCAACCGCAAGCACAUCGACGAGGUCAUCUACCCGCCGCCCGUCGAGCCUUGGAAGCUCAUCGAAUCCCUCGAGUGGAUGGACGACAGCAUCGUGCGCGACAUCACGCCGCGGCUCAUCGGCGACCGGCCCAACACAUACACGUACACCAAAGCCCUGGCCGAGUACGUGGUGCAGCAGGAGCAGGACAAGCUCAACAUCGGCAUCAUCAGGCCCUCCAUUGUGGGAGCCAGCUGGCAGGAACCCUUCCCGGGUUGGAUUGACAACUUCAACGGGCCGAGCGGAGUCUUUAUCGCUGCUGGGAAAGGGAUUCUGCGCACCAUGCGGGCCAACAACGACGCUGUGGCCGACCUGAUCCCCGUGGACGUGGUCAUCAACCUGAUGCUGGCUGCAGGCUGGUACACGGCCGUGCACAGACCUAAGAAGGCGCUGGUGUACAACUGCACGACCGGCGGCAUCAACCCGUUCCACUGGGGCGAGAUCGAGCACCACGUGAUGUCGACCUUCAAAAGGAACCCACUGGAGCAGGCCUUCCGCAGGCCCAACGCCAACAUCACGUCCAACUAUCUCAUCUACCAGUACUGGAUCCUGGUCAGCCACAAGUUCCCCGCCCUCAUUUACGACCUCUUCCUACGUCUCACCGGACAGAAGCCGCAGAUGAUGCGCAUCUUUAACCGGCUGCACAAAGCCAUCAGCCUGCUGGAGUACUUCAGCAGCCAGGACUGGGAGUGGAACUCGGACAACAUGACCAUGCUGUUGGGUCAGCUCAGCCCGGAGGACCGCAAGACGUUCAACUUUGACGUGCGCCAGCUCAACUGGCCCGAGUACAUCGAGAACUACUGCAUCGGCACCAAGAAGUACGUCCUGAACGAGGACAUGUCUGACAUUCCCGCCGCCAGGCAGCACCUCAGGAAGCUGAGGAACAUCCGCUACACCUUCAACACCGUGCUGGUGGUCUUCAUCUGGAGGGUCUUCAUCGCCCGCUCGCAGAUGGCCAGGAACAUCUGGUAAAACUGUGAUGAGCCAUUCAGAAAAAAAAAAAAGAGGUACAAAAUAUUUAUGCAAAGUCUAUUUCCGAGGGCUCGCCCUCUUAAUUGUCACCACCAGUGGUGUGUGUUUUGAUCCCGAGCUCGUAGCUGCGGUGAUCUUGUGUGCUGAUGGCCAAACUCCUCGUUAGCGUCGUCGGUGACGACAAAUGCGACCAAUGACUUCAUCUAAUUCCAUCUGAUGUUUGAGCGCGUCUGCUCCGUGCUUCAUUCAAGUGUGAAAUAAACCAGACCAGAGCGUGCA